UUCAAUUCCCAAGUCACCGUUGACAUCGGCUCUACUUAUCCUCAUGAAAAUGAAAUACGGCAGAUUUUAGAAGACCAAUUACAUUUCCACGCACUAGGAAAUAUUCAAACUGAACCGACAGGAUUUACGUUUAGAAGUAUUCAAGACACUGCACCAGAAUGCGUUGAGCCGACCAGCUUGAAAUGCCGAGACGGUUCUUGUAUACAAUUGAAUUAUCGUUGUGAUGGUAUAGCACAAUGUCCUGAUCAGUCCGAUGAAUUGGAUUGUCCAAUAAGCUCUGGGUUUCCCACCAAUGAAUCUCGAAAUGGUUUCACUAAUAAUUGCCGUGGCGAUGACACAGUAAGAUGCAGUGAUGGCAGUCGAGAUAUUUGUUCCGUUCAAUUAUGCGAUGGAGUUCCCGAUUGCGAUGAUCAAGGCGAUGAGAAUAAUUGUGGUGGUCCUAGUUGCAGUGAAAAUGAAUUCAGUUGUGACGUUUCUCGUUGUAUUUUGGAUAAAGAUCGUUGUAAUUUUAUCCAAGAUUGUGAAGAUGGUAGUGAUGAACGAGGCUGCAAGUAUCCAGGUGAGUCAGUUAUGGUAAUUAUUUUUAACUCACAACUAUAUUUUUAUUCCAUUGUAUUGUACUGUCUGCUUAGAAAAAAUUUGUCUUGUUGUGACAUUUUGUCUGCAUUAUAA